AUGCCAAGCCUCAAUGUCUUGAAACAGCCUCUGAAGCUCUUCUCAACUCAGCCGAUGACCGGUUUCUACAGAGAUGGUUACUGCCACACCAGUGCGCAGGAUCAUGGCAACCACGCCGUCGCUGGGAUCGUCAGCGAUGAGUUCUUGCAGUAUUCGGCCUCUCAGGGCAAUGAUUUGCGGCAAAUUGGCCUGAAGGGUGGCUGCAAGUGGUGCCUGUGCACGGCGAGGUGGCUUGAAGCUCUACAAGCUCAUAGGGAUGGCAAAAUCAGUCGCGAGGGGGUGCCUCAGGUUGAUCUGGAUGCGACCGAGGACAGUGCCUUGAGUAAAGUGGACCUGGAGACCUUCAAGCAGUUUGCAGUGAAGACGGACGAGAUCAACGGCUAG